UGGAUGGCACUUAUCCCCAAGUCACUCGACCCAUCCACCAUGGCGACCACCACCCUCCUCAGCUCCUCCUUCUCCAUGCCCGCCGCCGCCGCCGCCGCUCGGAGGAGCACCACCGCGUCCGCCUCCUCCCUCGGCUUCGCCACCUCGCAGCUCGCUGGUCUCAGCCUCGGCGUCUCCACCUCCACGACCGCUGCCGUCGGCCCCCUCCCCAAGCAGCAGCUCCAGCCCAUCGUCGCGCGUCGGGUGUGCCCCUUCACCGGCAAGAAGACGAACCGUGCCAACAAGGUGUCCUUCUCCAACCACAAGACCAAGACGCAGCAGUUCGUGAACCUGCAGUACAAGAAGCUGUGGUGGGAGGCCGGCAAGCGCUUCGUCAAGCUCCGCCUCUCCACCAAGGCCCUCAAGACCAUCGAGAAGCACGGCCUCGACGCCGUCGCGCGCAAGGCCGGCAUCGACCUCAACAAGAAAUAGUCUGCUGCCGCUGCUCUUCCCUUCUUUCUUGCAUUCCCUUUCCUCUUGCAGUUGAUAAUACAUUCGAUAUAUUGUAGGCAAGGCAAGGUCGGAUAUAUUGUUGUUUCCUUUUUCA